UCUCCAGCACCAAGUCCACAACAUACAACGCACAACUUACAGAAUGACAUGCAUUCACGGCUCGAAAUGUACGCAUCGCGAUUAGCACAAGUGGAGUAUGGCUCACGUAAUAAUUCAACACCCGACAGUGAUGAUGAACAUCAACUAAUCGCACAAUAUUGUCAAACACUCCCGACUAAUGAUAGCAACGGAGGACCGAAGUCUCCAUUACAAGUGAUGGCCGCCGUUGAUGCAUUAGAACAAAGAGAGGAAUUGGAAGCAAUCAUUCAAGAUUUGGAAGAAGAGAAUGCUACACUUCAAGCCGAAUACGAUCGAUUGCGUUCAAAACAAACGCCAACUUCAACUCCAGACGACACUCAGAAUACGAUUGGAAAUGCGAGCGGAGGACAAGAUCUUAUGGCUGAAGCGAAACUGCUGCGUCAACACAAAGGACGCCUCGAAGCUCGUAUGCAAAUUCUUGAAGAUCAUAAUCGACAGCUGGAAGCACAAUUGAUGCGAUUAAGACAACUAGUCGAUGAACCGAGUGUAUCAAGAGCAUCGACACUUCAAACCAGAUCUGUUACUGCUUCCCAGUUGAAUACGGAGUCUCCCGCAAAGAUGCAGCAGAAUGGUCACUAUGAACAACAUACGA